AUGACAACAAUGAACAACAGCAACAACAAAACCUCUAAUGAAGAUGCUCUUGAGAAAGGUGUCCCAGAAAACAAGACUCCAGACCUCAUCCAGGGGCAGGCGUGCAGCAGCGGCAGAUGCUGCUCAGUCAGCAGAUCAGCAGGGCCUGCCAGCCCUGAAAUCAGGCAGCAUAGAGCUCAGGGGCCACAGCGGGCGCCUCUGCAGGUGUCCCAGGGCUUCACUGAAUUCACAAUCGAGGAUUUCCACAACACGUUCAUGGACCUGAUCGAGCAGGUGGAGAAGCAGACCUCUGUAGCUGACCUGCUGGCCUCCUUCAACGACCAGAGCACCUCGGACUACCUGGUGGUGUACCUGCGGCUGCUCACCUCCAGCUACCUGCAGCGCGAGAGCAAGUUCUUCGAGCACUUCAUCGAGGGCGGGCGGACAGUCAAGGAGUUCUGCCAGCAGGAGGUGGAGCCCAUGUGCAAGGAGAGCGACCACAUUCACAUCAUCGCACUGGCCCAGGCUCUGAGCGUCUCCAUCCAGGUGGAGUACAUGGACCGCGGCGAGGGCGGCACCACCAACCCGCACAUCUUCCCCGAGGGCUCUGAGCCCAAGGUGUACCUUCUCUACCGGCCUGGACACUACGAUAUCCUCUACAAAUAGGGCUGGCCCUGGCCUCCUGCUGCCCUGUCUGCCCUCCCCUCUGCCGGGCGCCAGACAUGUACAGAAGUUUUUUGUGGUUGUAAAUGGUCAUAUUUCACUCCCUCCUCCACUUUCCCUGUCACGCAACCUUCCACAUUUUAUUAAAGGGGAUGCUGGUGGUGGAAAAAAAAAAUGGAGGUGUUUCUCAACUGGAAAUGCUGGGGAAUAGUUAAAAGCCACGGGAAUUAAACAGAUGACUGAGAGAGACAGACUGACUUGUCAAGAGGACAAAGGGUUUAAUGGAGGCUGCAGAAAGGCAGAAGCAGAGGCUGGGGAGGGCACCACAGCCCAGGCUAGUUUGGCUCCACCAGAUGCAGGCUCAUGGGGCCUUGCACAUAGAAGGGCUCACCAUUGGCUUAAAGUUCUGUGUUAUCAUCCUGAAAUUCCUUAUUACGCUUUUUCAAAAAGGGGCCCCUUGUUUUCAUUUUGCACUGGGCCCCACAAAUUAUAGAGCCAGUCUUGGCCCAGGGAAGACACUGGUCUCAGCACAGGAAGGGCAGCUCUGCUACCUACAUAGUUGGAGAGAGGUGGAGAAGGGUCAAUGCCAUCUGAUGGCUUCUUUGUGAAGCAGAAAGACGCAUCUGUUAUGAGCAAACA